UGGUGCUUCUUUGACCUCGUGAAGCAGGUCAAGAAUGGAGAUUUAUUAAUAUUUUAAAAAAUAAAACCCGUGUCAGAAUUCCUGCCUUAAGGCUUGAACUGGAUGUCUAGGGUCAGGAAAAAGACACCAACGGAGACGCUUUGUGGGUUUGGUGUUAUCCGUCCGUAACAGCGGAACUGAGGACUCUGCUGCUGCGAAAGUGCUGCCUUACAGAUGAAAACAAAGUGCUCCAUACGUUUGUGUUCGGCCAGUACAAAAGGUCUUGGUUCUACAUCACAACGGUAGAAGUUCAAGAUUCUCCAGCCUUGAAAAAGGUGACCCACUUCUCCAUUGUCCUGACAGCCAAAGACUUCAACCCAGAGAAAUAUGCAGCCUUCACCAGGAUUCUCUGCAGAAUCUACCUGAAGCAUGGAAGUCCAGUUAAAAUGAUGGAGAGUUACAUUGCAGUCCUCACAAAGGGCAUCUGCCAAAGUGAAGAGAAUGGAUCCUUCCUCAGCAAGGACUUUGAUGCUCGGAAGGCUUACCUUGCUGGCUCCAUCAAAGAUAUAGUGUCUCAGUUUGGAAUGGAAACAGUUAUUUUAUAUACUGCACUGAUGUUAAAGAAGAGAAUUGUAGUGUACCAUCCUAGAAUAGAAGCUAUCCAGGAAUUUACCAGGACUUUGCCUGCUUUAGUGUGGCAUCGACAAGACUGGUCAAUUCUUCAUUCAUAUGUGCAUCUAAAUGAGGAGGAACUGGAAGCCUUAAAAGCAUGCACAGGUUACAUUGCUGGAUUUACAGACUCUGAAGUGAGCAGUAGAUCAGACCUCUAUGAUGUCUAUGUGAAUUUGGCAGACAGUGAGAUUACAGUUUCACCUGUAGUAAAAGAGGCAAUGACAAUGGGAAAACUUCACAAAGAAAUUGGACAGCUAAUUGUUCAAUCUGCAGAAGAUCCAGAUAAAUCAGACAGCCAAGUCAUUAAGGACAUUUCUCUGAAGACAAAAGAAAUCUUGGCUACUUUAGCCUCACUUACUGAAGUUUCUGAUGGCAAUGAAAAACCAACCCUAAAUGCUGAGGCCCUGAAACAAAAGCGAUUUCCACCUGCCACAGAAAACUUCCUUUUUCAUUUAGCAGCUGCUGAACAAAUGCUCAAAAUCUGAUUUUGAUGCACUGCAGUGUUAUGGACUAAUUCUGAAAAAGCUGUCUCUGCCAUCCAGAUAGGAAUACCUGGUAUUUUAUAUGAAAAACUAAAGGUAUGAGUCAAUGUCCUAGUUA